AUGUUCAAAAUAAAAUGCGAAAACAUCGACGAAAAUAUUGCCGAAGACCAUGUUUCAGAAAACAUAGAUGUAACUCUGACGGGUAAUAAUGAGACUGGUGGCCAUGCUUCAUCUAUAAUAGAAAACCCUGUUUCCGUAAAUAAUGAAACGGACGAGUGCCACACUUUCCAAUCGCCCAAACCAAAAAGAAACAAAAUAAGUACAAAGAACAGCAACUCAAGAGCUGAAGAGGCCUAUCGCAUUUUGAAAGAAACUGUUGCUUUUCCGCAAGAACCUGCAGAUCCAUGCUCUGUUUAUGGCGCACAUGUCGGAAACAAAUUAAAAACAUAUAGCCCAAGGACACGUGUUGAAGUUGAGCAUGCAAUAAACCAAAUUUUAUAUGCAGCAGACAGAGGAAAAUAUGAAACUUCUCCCAUGAAUGCGUAUGCACGUAUGGACUGGACCCAUCAAACACCUGGAAGUAUUUCCCAAUCAAACUCAAGUUCGCAAUGCCCUACACCCAGUUCUUCGCAUUCCUCACUGGAUAUGCCAGAUCUAAAUGCUGUUUUUCUAGAUCUAUAA